AUGUCUAGUUCGGAAUCGGAGCACGAGCAAGACGAAAAUCAAGAGGAGGAAUUCACUCUUGAAGGACUGGAAGCCUGGCAAAGUCUCGGCGUUUGCGAUGAAGUGGCACAGACGGCGGUGGAUUUGAAAUGGAGCAAGCCGACUCCCAUCCAGCAGAAGAGCAUUCCCAUCGCUAUCGAGGGAAAGGACGUCAUUGGCUUGGCGGAGACCGGAUCGGGAAAGACAGCUGCCUUCGCCAUUCCCGUUCUUCAGAGUCUUUUAAAAACGCCUGGCGGCGGGCGCCUUUCAUGUCUAGUUUUGACUCCGACUCGAGAACUGGCUUUUCAAAUCCGCGAACAAUUCCAAGCUCUCGGUAGCGCGAUCGGUUUGUCCUGCGCCUGCAUCGUCGGCGGCAUCGAAAUGAUGAGCCAGCAAUUAGCGCUGGCCAAGAAGCCGCACGUGAUAGUCGCCACGCCCGGUCGACUGGUCGAUCAUUUGGAGAAAACGAGGGGGUUCGGACUCAAAGCGCUCAAGUUCUUGAUCAUGGACGAGGCGGAUCGCAUUUUGAACUUGGAUUUUGAAGCAGAAGUUGACAAGAUUCUACGCGCUAUUCCACGAGAAAGACAGACUAUGCUCUUUUCAGCGACAAUGACCGCAAAAGUAAAGAAACUGCAGCGAGCGGCGCUCAAAAACCCCGUCAAAGUGUCGAUCAACUCGAAGUACAAAACAGUCGACAAAAACAUCCAGAAAUACUUGUUCAUUCCCGAAGCGCACAAAGAAUGCUACUUGGUCUCUCUUUUGAACGAAUUGCAGGGCUCCAGUUUCAUGAUUUUCACUUCUACUUGCGCCAAGACCUCGCUCAUCGCCAGACUCGUCAAGCGACUCGGCUACGAUUCUGUUCCUUUACACGGGCAAAUGAGCCAACAAAAGCGACUGGGCGCCCUGGCUCGCUUCAAAGCCAAAUCUCGCUCGAUUCUGGUUUGCACCGACGUCGCCAGUCGCGGUCUUGACGUUCCCCACGUCGAUGUAGUCAUCAACUACGAUGUGCCGACAAACACGAAAGAUUAUAUCCACCGAGUGGGACGAACUGCCCGAGCUGGACGAGCGGGAAAAUCAGUCACUUUUGUUUCGCAAUACGACGUCGAGUUGUACCAGAAGAUCGAAGCCCACAUUGGAAAGAAACUGGACCAGUGGCCGCACGAAAAGGACGAAGUGAUGGCUUUGAAAGAACGGGUGGACGAAGCGAAGCGAAUCGCCGUCCAGGAAAUCAAGGAAGAAGACGCGAAACGAAAGAGCAAAAAGAAGCGACAGUUCGACGAAGAAGGAAGCAUAAAAGACAGAAUCGGAAAAGUGAAGCACAAAAAGAGACGAAAAUGA